GAGUUCAACAGACAGUAUCAUUGGGGCGCCGGAGGAGGAGUAACCUCUCCGUCGCCCAAGACGGAUCGUUUUUAGAAAGAGGAUAUCACAUAUUGUCGUAUUCUCGGUGUCGUCCUUUGGAAGGGAAAAUAGUUUUAUUCGAUAUACCUCGACGACGACGGCCUGCGUUCCGUUGCCUUUGUAUCUAGUCAAUCAUCUCAGGUUCAUCCAUCCAUCCCUGUCAAUCUCCAUCGGCCCAGUGCAACCGCCACUGCGGCCAUUUACAGGUGUCCUAUUUGCCGGUCCGGAUUGAGCCUUUAAGAAAGGAAUAGUAUUACAAUCAGGUUCCUUCAGUAACGACGAGUGGUGGUCGGCAGCGUUUGUCGAAAUCUCUCCAAGACGACUGACUUGACUCACUUUGCAAGGAGGAAACGAUUGUCUAAAGAGAAGCACAUAUUUGUAUUUUCUCCAACGCUAUUCUUUUUAAUGAAGUGAGUGAGAUUGGUUUGAUAAAGUUGACGAUUGGUGUCUAGUGCGUUGGUGUCUGAAGAGAGGCAGUGGGGGAGGGGAGGGGGAGGGGUGAGGGAGAGGGUGGGCCACUGGAAGAACCGUCAAGGUCGCCCGAUGAUAGUGAUGGCAACUUAGCCGUUAAGUAUGUGGGAAGCUCAAACGGCAGUAGUGGCGUGGAAGUUGGUAGUGUCACCGCCGCACCGAUCACCCAUCCAUCAUUUGACGCAAUCCUACGAGUGCUCUCUGGAAAAAAGUGAACCUGAUCUGCUUCGUGCAAACCCAUGUGCAUUGGAACUAUGGGGAUUUGUGAACGUCAUUGCUUAGGUCGCACGAUUAUUUCUCCGGGAAAAGAGGGAGACUUAUAGCUGUUGGCAAGACAAUGUUUUUCCUGGAUCUUGGAAUAAUGAUGAUGAUAUUAUUAUUAUUAUUAUUAACCUUAUGAAAUGUGGCCCCUGUAGGUGUGGAGAGUAGGGCAUGUUCUGUUACUGUCAGUACCUACUGCAGCCGUCUUUUCGAUUUUCUUCCGUCGUCGACAUAACCGACCAAAAGUGACUGGAAGUUGUGCUUUGAUUUUCUUGGUCUUUCUUCAUUCGGCCACAUUCAGGGAAACAUCCGACAGGAUUAUCUUCAAAGAAGGAAUAACACGUUAUCGUGCAACAUCCCCCCCUUCUCUCUCUCUCUCUCUCUCUCUCUCUCUCUCUCUCUCUCUCUCUCUCUCUCUCUCUCUCUGUAGCGGGCCACCAGAGGCUUUUCUAAGUAUAUCCAUUUGAGCAAUUUUGUAAAUCUUGGAGUAUAGCGUCGUAGGAUUGGGCAGGACGUCCCUGAUGGUGAAGAUGGGACUCAAGGAGUUGGAUUCGAGUGAAAAGAGGUGGAGUCAUCCGCCUAAGAAGAAGUGGAUAUACGACUAUUUGGCUGAUGAUGAGGAGACAACCGAAGAUGCCGUAAGCGAAGAAAGUGACAAGAGAGAAGUGGUAUACCGUAGGACCUUAGAGACCUACUCUCGUACUGCCCCCAUCACUGCCAGUCCUACUACCACAACUACUCAGCAUCAUUAUCACCGUCACCACCACCACCACAAUAGUAACCAUGGUAGUGUGUUGGCCACUUCCCCACCGCCACCACCACCCCCGCCUGCUCGUACCACACCUACUAGCCCCGCUCAUGCUGUCACACCUCCAGUAGUGGGUGUAAGGGCAAGUCCGGGUACUCUUGGAGUAAAUGCUGUGCAGAGCCAUCAGCAACAGACUUCUCCAAGGACAUCUUUGUCCUACCCUGGGUCACCAGCGUCUUCACCACCACGUGUAGUGCUGCCUCCAAGGGGUUCGUCAUCUCCUCUGGGUUUGCUCAGUGCAUUAAGUCAAGAUUCGUCCUCUCCACCCAUGGGAGGCACAUCCUCUGAUCCUGGGCUUUCUAGAUUGCCACACGAGAGCCUUCAUUCACAUCUAAAUAACGGUAUUCGUCAUAAUGGCAUUACCAAGUCUCUGUCUCUCUCCCCACCUUCUCAUAAUUUCACACACCAUGGUGUAUAUUCACCUGAAGACAACUCAUUUAAAGAAGACAAGAAACGCUCAGGGAGCACCCCAUCACGAGAGGUGCACAACAAACUGGAGAAAAAUAGACGAGCCCACUUAAAGGAAUGCUUUGAGACUUUACGGCGGCAAUUGCCAUCCAUGGACGAUAAGAAGAUCUCCAACCAAACUAUAUUGAAAGCCGCUCAUAGGCAUAUCCAGAACUUGAAACGAAAGGAGCGAGAGUAUGAGCAUGAAAUGGAACGUUUAGCCAGAGAAAAAAUUGCUCAUCAGCAGAAGUUAUCUGCACUGAAAAAAGAAUUAUCAGCACGGUGGGACCACAUCGAUUUUAAUACGCUUCUCCCAGAUAUGGCUUCAUUAGAACAGCAUCGAGAUAAGGAAACAAAAUCUACAACAACUGCAUCAGAGCAGCCAGAUUUGGAUGAUGAUGCCCCUAGAUUGGAUGCUAGUAACGGGCAAGUGUCAUCAGCAGCUGUUGUUGCAUCAUGCCCUUUGUCUCCACGUCUGUCAACAAAUCAGCCUCAAGGGACAAGCUUUACAACCAUUGCAAGUAGCGGUAACAGUAUUGGUGCUACAGGGCUGGCCACUCUGAGAGAACAUUUUACAGAUUCAAAUCAGCCCCUCAAUUUAUCAACCAGUAUUGUGGAUACAGCCAAGGUCUCUCCAAGUGGCCAGACCUUGGUAACACAGUCAGUGUCUCUACACCAAAAUGGUGAAUGGGGAACAAGGCAGGCCUCUCCACAUUACACCCAAGCACAGUAUCAUGCCAGCACUAAUAAAGAGGAAGAAACUUGGUCAGCCACAGUUGUCACUAGUGUGACUCCCACUGCAACUGGUGACACAGCUACCACUGUUCAUAGUGAACAGCAUUUACCAAUUGUAGGCAGUACAGGAGGAAUUAAUUUAUCAGCACAGUUAGUAGCUGGAGGGAUGCAACUUAAUGGUGCUCCAGGUGGAUUGUUAGGCCAACCAGCUAUUCAAGUUAUAACUCCUGAAGGUUAUAAACUGUUACCUGCAGAUCAUGCACCCAAUGGUGCUAAACCAUUAACUAUCACUCUGGCACAUCCAGUUUCUUUGACAGCUGAAGGACUUGAGCGUGCUGACAGUGCAGAUGAAGUAAAGAGUAGCCCUGGAGCUAUGAUGUUAGCAUUAAACAAGAAUGGUGUAUCUGCCUUACAUUUAGCAGUACCCACACCACCAAGAUCUUUACCUCAUUCCCAAGGUACCAAUGGCACAGUCACAACUGUGCCCCUUAAUUUAAGUGUUGGAGGAACAGCAACGGUUAAGGUGACUUCUGCAGCCACUUCUUUAAUACCAUCAUAUAUACCAAUUACUCAUGCUAAUGGCAUCACACAGUUAGUACCAGGUUUAGGGACCAGUGUUGGAACCCUGGUUUCAGGCAUUGGCACCCCAUUGGUGGCACCUUUGGUAGUGUCCCAGCCUCAGCGACCAGUUGUUCCAGGAUCUGCAACUACUGCUGGAAAUAAAGGUUUAAAAGCAACUGCUGUGGCAGGGAGUACAAAUAGCAUGCCACUUGUAACUGCUCAAUAUGCCAGUUCAUUAGCAGGUGGAUUAGUGAAACCUGUUGUAGUGGUGUCUGCGCCCACGGCUGUAGCUGGAAUGGUUACUGGGGCUCCUGCGGGAGCAUCUGGCAAGCCCUGAUGUGCACUAUGUAGUGACAAUCCCAGGAGAGUACAAGCCAUACCUCUUUUAAUCACUCACGUUCACCAUCUAUAUCUCAUUCUUCAUCAUCAUUGUAAUUGUUAUCGCAAGAACUUCAUACAUAUUUUCAUGUUUUAUUUUUAUGCGAGAUGUGACUUGCAUCGUGGCAAGUUUCUCUAUGUACAUUUUCAUUACCAGUGAUGUCUGAGAGCAAAUAGGGAUAUUUGGACUAGUUAUUCUUAGUUUUAAAUAAAUUUUAUUAGGUAAAUUAUUUUGUAAGGUGGCUAGCCUAGAAUCUAGGCUGCACCAGGAAGUGUGUGGUAUUGAAGGUGAGCCAAGCUUUGCCUUUUAACAAAGGCAUGUUUAGUUCACCAAACUGUGAUAGUGGUUCAUCUUGUGACUCCUGUUCUCUGAGAGUUACUGGGUAGGACUUCAUUAUGCUGGUGGGUGCACACUGCUCAACAUGGCCAUCAAGUGUCAUAUUUGUGUUGCAUUCACUGGUGUAUAUAGCAUCACCCACCUGGUUGUUGGUGUUAUUGUUAUCUAACAUUGUUGUAAAUGUAAUAUGUAUGUAUGCCUUUUUUGACCAAAUGAAUUUACUCCUUCUAAAGGUGACUAUGUUACUGUGGCUCCCCAUAAAACUCUGCAUCAUACAAAGUGUGAUGAGUCUACAAUUGUUAACAGUUUAAUACAGACACCCUAUAUGGGUGAUGCAAUUUUCUCCCCUUCCUCAGACUUGCCGCCCACUUCACACCAAAUACCCAAGUGUACAAAUUCAGCCUAAUUGUCUGUUGUUUUGUUUUAAAUGUAUUGGCUGCAGUACAUUUUACCAGUGUUUAGUGUCACUCUGGGCGGCAAUACUAUGCCAGAUCUCAGGGUUGACGGGGAUCUUGGAUCCCUGCUCACCUCAGUGCAAACAAGCCAUAACCAACCCUUUUAAUUGAUAGUAAAAUGUUUCAAAUGUC